AUGACUCGCUACCUCCCUCAAGGGGCGGGGACGCACACGAAGUCCGCCGUAGGAGAGGCGGCUACCGCGGUCACUGGUGGUGCGGGUGAAAAGCUGUCCCAACCACGUCCACCGCGCACGCCCCCAGCACGUUCGUUUAAACACAAACGUUCACCGGAAAUGACCAACGCGUGCCGGUUGGGCGUCAAGACACCGAAAACAGGCGAACAAGAUCGACCUCGGACCAGUCAACGCCACAAUGAUAUGGGGAUGGAGUGUAGACGCAUCGUAGAACGCGUUUUCGUUUGAAGUUGGCGUCUUGUUUGAGAGUAGAUGUGACAGAUUUGCGUAGAAUAGGGUAAGAUGUUAUCAUGAACGGAGAUGAAAGAGCUUUUCCAACACGGAGAUGUAGCAUGGAUCAAAGCAUUUGUUGGAUUUCAACUUUUACAAGCAGACAUCAACGCAGUAGUAUUUUAGCAAGCUUACGAACGCAUAUAGGAUACCAUCAGGAUU